AUGCAGAGUAGAUCCCUUCUGAGCGGUGUGAUACUUGGAUGGUUCUUCGCUUUAUGGCUAGGAGCACGUCUGAUCGAUGUGAAUGUGCCCCUCAUUUCUAUUCCUGGCGAUCGACUAAGGGAUUCUAUAGAAUCGGCCGGAUUGUACUGUCCAUAUUCACUAACAGUGGAGCAAUACUGGCGUAAAGGACCACGAGAACACGUUGCAAUCGAAGGAGGCAAAGGGACCGUCUUUUUGUAUAGAGAGAAAAUUGAAGCGGCUUUCAGAAAUUGCAGGGACGGAGCUAUUGUAGUGCAGUGGUUCCUUCAACAAAUACGAGUUGAUCAACUUCUCAUGGAAGUGUUCUUGAGCGAAUACAUUUGGAUCACUGUACUUGGUGCUGCAGUCGCCUGUGCUAUGUCUCGUAUGUUUGUAUUCGAUCCAUUUAUCACGCUACGAAAUGCCCCGAUGGAAUACGUUGAAGAGAUGAAAUCGAGUGAAAAUUCCUACAUAACCCAUCUGAUGAGGUAA